ACUUGAAAGAAGGUGGGAGUGCGCGUACUUCUCUCGUGCGAUUUUGUGAGUGACGUCGGAAAAGGAAAGAAAAUUGAUAGUGCCGAAGAUUAUACCGAGGAUAUAUACACCGCUUUUUGGAUACAGCAAGAUGUAUUUGUGAAUUUUGUGAUGUGUUUUCAAAUUUGGUGCCAAAGAUGCUGAAACACGUGACCUACCGCUCCACCUCGUCCUUGGGCCGCUCGCCCACCGAACUCACCUGCCGGGGCUCGAGCGUGUGCCACGACACCCUCAGCCUCAAGGGCGACCUCUCCCCCUCGUCCCCCGAGAUGACACUCAAAGGCAAGAGCAUGAUUGCGUCCCCUGACACGCUGUCUCUCAAGGACACUUCUCUCUCCGACCUGAAGGGCUUCUCUCCGGACUCGAUCAGCCUCCACUCGACCCUCAGCUUCUCCUCCUUGGCCAUCGGGAGGUUGUCCUCGAGGUGCUCCUCCACCGCGUCGCUCAACGAGCCGCAUACGACGCCCGUGAAGGUCUACCUGCGCUCCCUGCGUCCUGACAUCGAGUACAAGACCGUCAGCCUGUCGUCCUCCACAACGUGCCGUCAGCUGAUCCUCAUGCUCCUGGCCAAGUUCCGUCUGCGCCACCGCGACCCCAACCUGUUCUACGUGACGAUGGAGGUCGUGGUUCGAGGGCCAGGGGGAGGCGCUCCCGCCCGACGACUGCUGGUGCUGGACGACCAUGCAUGUCCGGCGGAGCUGCAGCAGUGUCGUCCCCGCGGGGAGGCUCGCUUCAGCGUGGGCGUCCGGCGCGGCGGGCUGCUGCGCGUGCACGACUCCAUCCUCAUGCCCGGGUCGCAGUACAAGUCGCUGCUGGUGUCGUACCGCACGACGGCGGAGGAGCUGGUGCAGCUGCUCCUUAACUGCUACAGCAGCAAGGAGAACCCUAAGAACUACGCGGUGCACGAAGUCAACAAGAACCCGUACAGCGACCGGCCUCUCGAGCCCGAGGAGUUCCCGCUGCUGGUGCAGAGCGAGUGGCCCAGAGCCUCCCGCCACAACUGCGCCUUCGUCCUGCGCAGAAACGUCUCCUACAGCCUCAGCCUCAAGUCAAGAGUCUCGUGGAGAAGAAGCCUGGACCAGUCGAGCACGGACACCGAGUCCGAGCACGAGGACCACAACACGACCAUCGGCAGCCUCAUCUCCACCUCCAGCGUCUCCUCCGCCCUCAGCAUCUCGUCCAGCGGCAGUGACUCCUCCGAAGGCUCCUCGUCAGGAGUGUCUUCCAUGGCGUCCCCGAACAUGUCCCUGGCGUCCCUGAAGAGCUCUCUCCCCGUCACGACGCCCACGUCAUCGGCGACGUCUUCUCCCGUCGCGACCCCGGCGUCGUCCGCGAAGUCGUCCCCCGUCGUGUCCCCGGCGUCGUCCCCCGCCAAGAGCGCGAGUUCCGGCGACGCCAAAGCGCCCGCCGCCGACGCGUCCAAACCCCAGAUAACGACGACCACGACGACGAUAACGACGACGACCCAAGCGUCGAAGCCCCCCGUGCCUUCCCCCGCGCCGCAGGGCUCCUCCCCGGCAGGAGACAAGCCCGCGGCGCCGAAACCCGUCCCGAGGACCAUCCUCAACAUCAUCACCGUGACGGGCAAGAUCGUCUCGACGCCGCAGCAGAGGGGCCAGCCCGCGCCCUCCGCCAGCCGGAGCGAGAGCAGCAGCCUCCCGAAGCCCAUCAUUAUCUCGACGACGCUCGCGCCUUCGUCUUCAGCCUCACCCUCUCCUGCCUCAGCCUCCCCAGCGAAGGCGAUCUCGUCCUCGUGCUCGUCGUCCUCUCUGGCGACGCUGGGCAGCAACUCUCAGCCCGAGGUGCCGCCGCUGCCCAAGAGAAGGUCGUCCUGCUGCCCGAAUUACGAGAACUGCUUCUACAUCUGAGCGCCGCCUCUCGCCAAAGAUGCCCCAUGCCAAAGAUUUGAUGCUCAGAGCGACGGCUGUCCUCGUGAUGAUACCAGUGGAGACGAGUCAACCCUACGACUCGUAUAUACACACAUUUAUAUACAUAUAUAUAUUUCUCGAAAAUACAAUAUCAGAAGAUUGUGUUGCGAGAGAAGAGAAAAGCGAAGCUAAUUAAGUUUAAGGUCCCUGUUUUUCGUACGUGAAGGCAAGGAACGUGUUAUGGAACUGCGAGAUUAUUGCUUUUCCAGUGACUCGAUGGAGGAGGUCCUUUCUUUCGUGCCUUCAGUGCCGCCAGAGGUCACGUGAAAGGGGCAAGUGCGACGCGUAGUAAUAAAAAUAAUUAUCAUGGUUCAUUCUCUCUGUCUGUCUGUCUUUGUCUCUCUCUCACUCUCUCUCUCUUUAUCUCUCUCUCUCUCUCUCUCUCUUUCUCUCUUUCUCUCUUUCAUUUAUUUUUUACUGUAUCACCAAAAUGCCAUUGUAAGAAUUGCCUAGAAACAACGGCGUGAAAAGUUCACGGACAUCCGCUGUUUUCAAGAAGAAAUACGUGUCGAUUCUUUGUUUAUAUGCUGUCAGUUUUUUCUUUCUUUCUCUUCGCCCCGUCUUUCUUUCUAUCUUCCUGUCUUUCUUUCGUUAUCGCUAUUCAUCAUUUCCCUUAAAGUGUGUCACCAGCUUUCUUGUACCUCUUUCCGCGUAGCUCAGACCUCGCUCUUUCCGUGUCUUGCCGACGUCGGAAGAGGAGAGAGAGAGAGAGAGAGAGAGAGAGAGAGAGAGAGAGAGAGAGAGAGAGAGAGAGAGAGAGAGAGAGAGGAAGAGGAACAGGAGAAGGAAGGAGAGGAAAAGGAGACAAGAAAACAAUCGCGGUGCGUGCGAAACUCCAGUUCUUCUUCGUCUUCUCAGUGUGUCGGGUCUUUGUUAUGAACUGAGCUUGAUAUCGUCGGCGAGCUGGUGUUCUGUUGUUAUAGUGAGUGUUGGGGAGGAAGGGGGGGGGGGGGGUUGCGUGUUACGGUUGUGUCGGUCGGAGGAAGUGUGUUCGUGUGUUUGUAUGUAUAUUCUACAUAUAUACCUUACGUUACUGUUCUGUUUUGACGCGUGGAUACUUUUCUCCCUCAUUCUUUCAUUUCUAGUUUAUCAUCUCAUAUCUUGUCAUUAAUAUAUUUGUUUGACAGUUUCCGCUUUUUGAGGAGGAAACUCAGAGGAGGAGGAGGAGGAGGAAAACGAGGGUCUACUUUGACCGCAAAUAAGGAAUUGUAUAGUACAUUUUAGCGACCAAAUAUGCUCUUUUUCUCGAGACCUGUAAUUUUUAAGACUUGAUAGUAUACUCCUGUUUUCUAUGAUAGUCAGCUUCUAAGUCAUUCUUAUAUAAAAAAAAAAAAAAAUAUUCAUAUUUUAAGGAUGAACACAAAUCGCUUUGAUAGUACAAAUGGAGAAAGAGCGUUAAACGAAAUAAUUUAAAACGAAAUUGGUCUCCUAUCGAUAGCCAAAAUAAACAAAAAUAAAACUUAGGCGUUGGAAAUACGAAAGGAGGAAAGACAGAGCUUCUUUUUUUAUCCGAUAAGAUGGUAGAUAACGUGGAGGGGAGGGAGGGGCGAGGGGGGAAGGGAGAGGUAAGGGGAGGGGGGGGAAGAGGGUUCCUUUUGCCCCCUUCAUCAAAGGAAUCCUCUGUAGGGGAGGAUAAUAACAGGAUUCAUGGAGCUACCCGUUUUGAAGGAGGUCGAGGAUCACACACAUACGGGCGCACUCACACUCACACUCAACAUAAACACACACACACACACACACACACACACACACACACACACACACUCACACUCACACACACACUCACACACACUCACACACACACUCACACACACACUGUAAGAGAGGGAGGGGGGGUUAGUAAGAUGAAGGAACCCCACUCAGAUCACAGCCAACUAUUGCAUAGGUGGCGUCGCGUCGGUUUUUUUUAUUUUUUUAUUUUUUCAUAAAUUGGCAGGUAUGAAAGCCUUGCUCUGUUGGGAAUCAUUGCUUAGGAAUUUUAAUUGGAUUGGAAGAGUUAUAUGAAAAGGAAGAGAAAAUUAUGAGUUUAUUUCUUUCCGAGUGUGUGUGUGAUAUCUUGACUGCCUUUCGGAUAAAAAUGGAAGUAUAACGUUAUAUGAACAUAUUAAUGCAGCAUAUACGUUAUAUCCGGACUCUGUACAUCCUGCUUUUGUUAAUAUUCCAAACUCGUUCCAAAAAGCAAAUGGAGUCAUGUUUUAAGAGGCAUUAACGAACGCACAACAGGAACUACGUGAGGCAUUAAAUUAAAUCAUAGGCAUUUUUUUAAAAUUUUGUAUUUAUCGAAAGAAAAAAAAAUAAUCGAUACAAAAAAGAAAAGAAAUAGAAAAUCUAGUUGCAUCGCCAAAAAAGGGGAGAUAAUUUGUUAUAUAUAUAAGGUAUAGGAACCAAAAAACGCGACGAAAUAUUAAUAGGUGCAAAGGAGAUGGAAAUUAAUGUGGUUUAAUAAAAA